GCUGUCGUCUUCCGUGUUUGCGAAAGUAUUUUCAUAGCCAAAUGAACCGUCCCCGGUCGAUGACCAACCAAUUUAUCAUAGAUUUAUUUUUAACGUCAUAGAUUUAUUUUCAAUUACGUAAUCGAGGGGAGAAUUGAGUGGAGGAGUCGAGAGGAUUUGAUCUAUUUUCAAUUUAUUGAGCCACACUAUUUCGAAUGAUGUAGAAGAGAUGUCGCUGCUCAACCUAAAAUUUACAAAAUUCGAUAACACACCAUGGGGCUUUCGACUGGUGGGUGGCAGUGAUUUUCCCCAACCCCUGACGGUCAUAAGAGUAGCGGAGGGAAGUCUCGCGGAAUGCAUGGGUCUGAAAGUUGGUGAUGUUGUUGUGCGACUAAAUGACGAUCCCGUAAGCAAACUGACGCACGGCGAAGCCCACGAGUCCCUAGUGCAAGCGGGAAAUAAUUUCACUCUCGUGGUUCACAGAGGCGAGGAGGCUCGUCAGGUGGCAGAGGCCAUUCAGGAGGAAAAUAUCGUACCUUAUAAACCUAUUGAUGAAGUUCAAGCAUUGAAAGCACUCGUUGACGAUCUGAGGGAUCCAGAAGACCUACCGCCACUGGAUGGCCCAUCCCUAGAAUUUAAAUCCGAUGACGAAGAGGCGAGAAAGUGGGAAUCGCCUGAAUUGCAACAAGAGCCCCCCAAAAUCGAGGAGAUUAAGGAGCCGUCACCUCCACCCACAGCCAAAGAUCCGAACGUUGAGCUUGUGCCAAAUAAAGAUCUAACUGAAGAAGAAAUUGCGGAGUUAAUUGUUGAAGAGGAGGAAUUACUCGAGGUUGAAGAUAAAUCUGUUCUUGGGGUAAAUUUCAACAAAAUUCGUCCGCGUGCCCCUCUUCUACGCGAGUCUAAGGUUCUGGAGGAGCUCCAGAAGAUCGCGGUGGAGGAGCCCGCGAGGAUUCAAGAGCUGAAACACCAGACAACAUUUCUCCAGAAGCCGGAGAGGCCUAUUCCAUCUCCAAAAAAGAAAGAGGAGGAAAAUCAGAAUCAGUCCGAGGGCUACAGAGUUGUAAUAAAAAAGCAACCGAAGAAGAGUGUGACAGAGAAGCUGGCCCAGCGAGGGCUAUUAAAAACCCCGGAGCCUUGUAAUAAAGAUCAAUCGAGCGAGCCAGCAGUAACACCAGAAACUCGUGAAAUGUCUCGACCAGAGUCAUCAGCCUCUGGCCCGCGAAUCGUGGAAAUUCCAAUUGAAGUUGAGGGCCGGCCUUCGUCGAAGGCCUCGAGUCAUCCUCGCAGUGAUGCGCCAAGUGAUGAUGAGAAAUGUCCAUCGCGUUGCGAAAGCUAUCGCGAACCGACGCCCGAGCCCGAGCCCGAGCCCCAGCCGCUAGCGCCAAUUUUUGACAAGGAGAAGGUCAAGGCACUCGUCUCGACUGAAAUCAAUUUGGAGAAGCAAUUGGAAAGCGUUCAGAAUCAAUUGCUCGCAUUGAAACAACUUCCCAGUGAGAUUGAAAAUCAUCUGAGAAUUGUUUCUGAACAGUUGCACAAAAUUAUGGAGCUCAGUGGAGUGCAGAAUAGUGAGAGCAGUUCGCGAAGAGGGUCGUCAGACGCUCCCAGCCAGACAGCUCCAAAAGAGGAGAGAGCGACUCCCGAGGAGUGCAAAAACGAAGAUGAGGAUCAUCUUCGUGUGUCGGAGUCCGAGGUGUCCAGGUCGUCUCCAGCGACUGUUAUCAGUGAGGCACCAUCAAUCAUCGAGCCCGAAUCGGAAAUGGAGCAAGUGGGGGAGUCGGAAACAAGUGAGAUGGAGGUCACCCUCAAGGAUGAUGAGCACAGGGUGAAGAAGUACAUUGCGUCGUACGAAACGAAGGUCUUCAGGUCACGCGACCCGAGUCCUGCUCCUUCACACGGGAGUUACGAACCAGAUCCAAACAUGUCGCCGAAAGACCAAGUUAUACAGGAAUUGAAGCACAGAGGAGGAAGAAAGCGAUCGCACGAUCUCUGGCCCCAGGCUAAACAGCUGGAGCUCACUUAUGGCCGAAGAUGGAGGUGUCCGAAUGAUUUUUUCAAUGAUGAAAUGAUAGCUGAGGUAUUGUCGGGACAGGCGGAAGUCAUUCGGGGCAAAGCACUUGGCGUUAAUUUUAAAAAAUACGAGAAAGCCUGGCUACCGAAUUACGAUCACUUAAUGAACUCGAGUGUAUACAAGAUGCUGCAUAAGAUGGAACGCGAGCCAAAAACUGGAAUUCCCGCUCGGCCACCCAAGGUCGUUGCUGCUGAAGACAUACUCGAGAGAGUUAAAACACCGGCCUGAGUCAACAAACGGAUGAUUGCGAGCGGAGAAAAUCAUCACGAAGAUAUUUCAGCCGUCAAUAUCUUACAGUCGAUUAAUUUUCAUGAAUCCUAUUUAUACGUUAAUUUAAGAUAUUAAUGGAAACAACAAGGGAAUAUCGAUGCAAUGAAUUAAUGAGUGAAUUCUCCAAUGACUCAUGCAAGGGAUGAGUAUGUGAAAAUUUCUUUUGUAAUAUUUGAUUCAAUCUGUUGUAAUCUAAAGAACAAGUGAAAUAAAGUGGAAUAUGUUGAUGUUA